UGUGACCCCAGCCUGACGCGGCGGCUGCCCCUUCUCACGGCCCCGCGGGGCCCCCCCACCGCCACCCCGCCCCGCACUCCCAGGACACGCCGCUCACCGCGCCCCUUCCCACCUCCCCGCCGGGGCCGGGCGCCGAGCUCGCCCUCCGCGCUCCGCUCCCCUCGCCACCCCCUCCCCCUCACCAUGAGCAACCUGAAGCCGGACGGCGAGCUCUGCACCAGCGCGGGCACCGGUACGGGCACGGGCUCCGGCGGCGCCCUGGAGGAAGAGGUCCGGACACUGUUCGUCAGUGGCCUCCCCGUGGACAUUAAACCCAGAGAACUUUACCUGCUCUUCCGGCCAUUCAAGGGAUAUGAAGGAUCCCUGAUCAAGCUCACCUCCAGACAGCCUGUUGGUUUUGUGAUCUUUGACAGCCGGGCAGGAGCAGAAGCAGCCAAGAAUGCAUUGAACGGUAUUCGGUUUGAUCCUGAGAAUCCACAGACCCUGAGAUUAGAGUUUGCCAAAGCAAACACCAAGAUGGCCAAGAGCAAGCUAAUGGCGACACCAAAUCCCACCAAUAUCCACCCCACCCUGGGAGCACAUUUCAUCGCACGGGACCCCUAUGACCUGAUGGGGGCUGCUCUGAUCCCUGCAUCCCCAGAAGCCUGGACCCCUUACCCCCUGUACACCACAGAGCUGACCCCAGCCAUCUCACAUGCUGCGUUCACUUACCCUGCUGCUGCCGCUGCCCUACAUGCUCAGGUGCGCUGGUACCCCCCCUCUGCCACCCAGCAAGGAUGGAAGCAUCGCCAGUUCUGUUAGUUCUUCAGUAAGUGUUGGUCCCAGAUGCCUGGGACAGAAUGUGUCCUAGACUGUGGCUUCCUGCAGGGCUGUGGGUCCUCCCUCUGCCUGAGUCCCUAGAGCUUGCCAUGCUGGGCAGCCUGGAGCCUGUUCACUGGGGCGUCUGGCCUCUUCUGCCCCCAUUCCCACAGCCUCCUCACAAGGACGAGACCAGGGCUAGCUCCAGUUCUGCUCCCCUGCUCAUGGCAACUUCUCUCUCCCUCCCAGGUCUUGUCACCAGGGAGUUGGUUCUGGGACUCUGUGGUGGGGCCAGAGAGGGGCUGGCACUUCUGCCCCUGGGGCCUUGUAGGGCUGCUCCUGCCCUGCAGACACUGUGAAUC